AUGGUUGAUAUUACUACACCAAACUUUUUAGAGUUAUUACAUAUUAUAUCUGGUGAACGACAUGUUUAUUAUACAGAGAUGCAUCAUGCUCAAGCUAUACAUCAACAUCAAUCUCACUUGGAUCGCUUUGUAGGUACACCUCGUCCCAAUGUUGUUGUCCAACUAGGCGGUUCAGAUCCAAAGAUCAUGGCAACUGCAACUCGAUUAUUAGAAGACUAUGGUUACUCUGAAGUCAAUAUCAACGUUGGAUGUCCUAGUGCUAAUGUUCAACAUGGAAACUUUGGUGCUGUAUUAAUGAAAACUCCUGAUAUUAUUGCUGAUAUCCUAGAAGAGAUGAAUAAAAUGGUCUCUAUUCCUGUCACUGUAAAAUGUCGUAUUGGUGUGGAUGAUUUGGACUCAUUUGACUUUUUUCAUGGUUUUGUUGAAACCUUGAUGCAAUGCGAUCGACCACCUCCUCAUCUGAUAGUUCAUGCAAGAAAAUGUAUAUUGAAAGGAUUAUCCCCCAAACAAAAUAGAUCAAUACCUCCUCUUAAUUAUCAGCGUGUUUAUGAAUUAGCCAAAUUAUAUCCCAAUCUUCCUAUUACUAUCAAUGGCGGAUUUACUACUACGGAAGACAUUAGAUCAGCAUUAGAUCAAGUGGAUGGAUGUAUGAUUGGUCGAAUAGUGAUGGAUUCCCCUCUUUUUCUUCAACAUAUUGAUCAUGGUAAGGUUUAUAAUAAUAGGAAAGAUGAUCACUGA